AUGGUGAGAAUCAGGCUGCUUCUCCUGCUGCUGGCCCUGCCACCACAGUCCUCCUCACUGCCAUGGUCAGACACUGCCCAGGGCACCAUGGCUGGCUUGAUUCUGACUGCGUUAGAAAAAGCCACCUUGUUCCUGGAGGACAGGCUGCCCACAAUCAACCUGGAUGGUGCAGUGGGGUUCCAAGUAGUAGAAGUGCAACUUCGAGGAGUCCAGGAAAAAUGGGCUCACAAGCCCUCGCUGCAGCCACUCAGCUUGCGCGCUGGACAACUGGCCAACACACUGUCCGCUCUCCUCCAAAAAUCCAUCUUCUACCUCAAGCAGAGCGACCCCACAUACCUAAGAGAGUUCCAGCCAAGCAUUCAGCCUGGGUUUUGGAAGUUGCCCCACACCUGGACACGCACCAAUGCCUCACUGGUCUACCCCUGGCUGGAUCCCGUGGACUCUUUCUCAGAGGAAAGCAGCGAUGCAUGCCUGGUGCAACUUCUAGGAACUGGGACAGACAGCAGCCAGCCUUGCAGGCUCUCCAACUUCUGCAGAACCCUUAUGACCAAGGCCGGCUGCUCAGGCUACAGCCUCUCCCAUCAGCUUCUCUUCUUCCUCUGGGCCAGAAUGCAAGGGUGCACAGAGGGACUGUUCCUCCAGAGCCAGCACUACAUGGACAUCUUCUGUGCCAAUAUGAUGGACCUGAACCACAGAGCUGAAGCCAUUGGAUAUGCCUACCCCACCCAAGACCUCUUCAUGGAAAACAUCAUGUUCUGUGGUACAGCUGGCUUCUCUGACUUCUACAAGCUGCGCUGGCUGGAGGCCAUUCUCAGCUGGCAGAACCCCCAGGCAGGAUGCUUCGGGAGGUCAGAUACAAAGGGUGAACCUUCUGACAUCCCACAUCAGCAGGGCGUUCUGAGAAGAGUGCGAAGGCGGGAAAAACUGUUCGCAGAUGGCUGUUCUUGCCACAACACAGCCACAGCAGUCGCAGCCCUGGGCGGCUUUCUCUACAUCCUGGCAGAAUACCACCCAGACGAUGGAGACACACAUCCAGAAUACCACCCAGACAAUGGAGACGCACAUCCAGAAUACCACCCGAACAGUGCAGAGCCCUAUCCAUCCACACAGUCACCCGCAAGCAACUACCAAGAUGGUGCUGCCAGCCCUGAUGUCCAGAGGAUUGGCAGGCCCCUUAGCAUUUCUUAAGUCCUGGAGUCAGGGGUCACGGGCUGAGAAGGCAAUUGAGGAAAGUGACCCCAUCACCACUUCUGGGUGUUUAAAAGU